AUGACAACUGAAAAUAAAACAGAUGAAUAUAUUAAACUGAGAGUUGUUGAACAAGAUAAUAGUGAAGUUCAUUUUAAAGUUAAAAUGACAACAAAUAUGGGUAAAUUAAAAAAAUCUUAUGCUGAACGACAAGGUGUUGGUAUAACAACUUUACGAUUUCUUUUUGAUGGUAAACGUAUAAAUGAUGAUGAAACACCAAAACAACUUGAAAUGGAAGAUAAUGAUACAAUUGAAGUGUAUCAAGAACAAGUUGGAGGAUUUUAUUGA